GCGGCCCCGGCGGGUUCAUUCAUAAAGCAGCACCCGAGCAGGACGCGGCGGCCCCGGGGAGCCCGGCGGGCCCCGGGGGAGCAGGUCUCCCCUGGUGAAGAAGAGGCUGAGGAUGCGCUGGUGGCUUGUCACCAUCCUGGGGGUGCUCAGUGGACCCGAUGUGGUGGUGGGGAGCUGUGGUGCCCAGGAGCAUGGAGGAUGCCCACCUGGAGAGGAGCCCACUGGGGAGUGUGGCUCGGUGGCAUCAUGCCGAGCUUGUCCCCCUGGCACCUUCUCAGCAGGGGACGUUUCCUGCUCCUCUCACACCCGCUGCUGGGCCAGGAACAGGCUCCUGCUGGCACCAGGGACAGCGCUGACCGACAGCCGCUGCGGAGCCUGCCUGCCGGGGUUUUACAGCCCUGAAGGGGAGAGGGACCCCCAGGGCCAGUGCCUGCCCUGCACCAACGCUUCCCACAGCACCAUGGGGUGCCCAGGCCACCGUCGAGCUCGCAGCCCCGAAAUGCCAGGCCAGCUGAUGGUGACCAACAGGACACAGGUGACCCUGAUGGGUGAGGAAGAGGAGGCAGCAGAGGCACAGGCAGCUGUGCUCACCAUCGUCCCAGUCUUCUGUGCCAUGGGCUUGUUGGGCAUCCUGGUCUGCAACCUGCUGAAGAAGAAGGGUUACUACUGCACUGCCAGCAAGGACCCCCAGCCUGCUGGCACUGGUCCCAGCUCCAUCUACCAGCUGGAGGAUGCCAAUGAGGACACCAUUGGGGUGCUGGUGAGGUUGAUCACUGAGAAGAAAGAAAAUGCUGCAGCCCUGGAGGAGCUGCUGAAGGAGCAUCACAGCCAGCAGCCAACGCCACCCCUGGGCUGCACCCCCCCAGAUAAGCUCCACCUCCUGCCUCAGUUUCCCCUCUCCUGCUGGCACCACCAACAUCUCCACACGGUGCAGGGGCCAGCCCCUUGUGCCCGCUGCAGCCAGAAGUGGCCUGAGCUGCUGCCAUCGCUCCAUGCCACCACAGCUCCCAAACCUGGGGCUUGUCCCAGCGAGGUCACCAUCCUCUCUGUUGGCAGGUUUCGGGUAUCCCGGAUCCCUGAGCUGAGGAACGAGGGUGGAGAGGACCCUCCCCAAACUCCCCUCCCUGCUGGCAGUGGGAUGAGGCCCCCGUGGCUGAAAGGCAUCGAUGGGCACCCCGAGCUAUCACCUGGCCAGGAGGCUGCCUCUGAGGGAUGGUGACAUCCACCAUGACUCCGUGGUGAGGGCAGAGGGACCUUGGGCACCCUGCAGCACCAAGGUGCCCACCAGCAGCACAGCAAAACCCAACCUCUUGCCCAGCUGCUGAGAAGGAUUCCCUGUCCCCGAGGUCCUGUGGUGGCCACAGCACAGCUGCCUGCUGGACAACAUCCCCAGGACCUGCAGCAUCAGGAGGAGUGGCCUCACUGUGGUGGCCUGAUGGAGAGCAUCUCCUGGAGCUGUGGAGAUGGCCUUGGCAUGGUGACCUGAUGGAGAGCAUCUCCUGGAGCUGUGGAGAUGGCCUUGGCAUGGUGACCUGAUGGAGAGCAUCUCCUGGAGCUGUGGAGAUGGCCUUGGCAUGGUGACUUGAUGGAGAGCAUCUCCUGGAGCUGUGGAGAUGGCCUUGGCAUGGUGACCUGAUGGAGAGCAUCUCCUGGAGCUGUGGAGAUGGCCUUGGCAUGGUGACUCGAUGGAGAGCAUCUCCACAAGCAAUGACACUGGUGGUGGUGCCCAUGGUGUGGUAGCCUGAUGGAGAGCACCUCCAGGAGCUGUAGUGAUGGCCUUGGCACAGUGACCUGAAGAAAAGUAUCUCCAGGAGCUGUGGUGAUGAACUUGGCACAGGUACCUGAUGGAAAUCAUCUGCAGGGGCUGUGGAGAUGGCCUUGGCAUGGUGACCUGAUGGAAAUCAUCUCCAGGAGCUGUGGUGACAACCUUGGCACAGGUACCUGAUGGAAAUCAUCUCCAGGGGCUGUGGAGAUGGCCUUGGCAUGGUGACCUGAUGGAAAGCAUCUCCAGGAGCUGUGGUGACAACUUUGGCACAGGUACCUGAUGGAAAUCAUCUCCAGGAGCCAUGGCAGUAGUGGUGCCACCCACAGUGUGGUAUCCUGGUGGAGAGCACCUCCAGGCCAGCAGAGCACAGCUCCACCAGGAGGCACCACACAACAGAGGACGUUGCCCAGCCAGGACUGGCAUUUCAUGGUCACCUUCUAGGUCUGCUGAAGCCUCUCCAAGGAACACCACAAGCUUGGUUGAUUUCCUUCCACCACCAGGUGCCAACACUCACCACUGCAUGCUAAAAUGCCUCUGGGUCAUAGAACAGCUCCCACCCUACCAACCACCCAACCUAGCCAAGGGCUUGCCCUGGCCCAAACUGGUCUCCGGAUCAUAGAACAGCUCCCAUCCAACCCAGCCAAGGGCUUGCCCUGGCCCAAACUGGUCUCUGGGCCAUAGAAUAGCUCCCACCCAACCCAGCCAAGGGCUUGCCCUGGCCCAAACUGGUCUCUGGAUCAUAGAACAGCUCCUGCCCAACCCAGCCAAGGGCUUGCCCUGGCCCAAACUGAUCUCUGGAUCAUAGAACAGCUCCCAUCCAACCCAGCCAAGGGCUUGCCCUGGCCCAAACUGAUCUCUGGAUCAUAGAACAGCUCCCAUCCAACCCAGCCAAGGGCUUGCCCUGGCCCAAACUGAUCUCUGGGUCAUAGAACAGCUCCCACCCUACCAACCACCCAACCCCCUGGCCCAAAAUGAUUUCUGGGUCAUAGAACAGCUCCCACCCUACCAACCACCCAACCCCCUGGCCCAAACUGGUCUCCUGGCAUCUCCAUCUCCUCUCUCCAAAGCCUCAAUCUACCCAAGAGAACAUGGUGAUGAUGAUGAUGAUGCCUGCUCACCAUGUAGACUUCACACUCCACUUAGGAGGUGUUUGGGGGUGGGGUGGGGUUAAAAACCCACCCAAAGUUGGGUUGGACAUCAUCAAAGCUCCACCCCCAACCUCACAACUGAUUCUCUUCACUUCCCCCCCCCCCCCCUUCCCCAAGCCAAUAAUAACAACAACAAUAAUCAACCACCAAA